AUGCCAUCAUCUUCCGUUCUUUUCAGCGGCGCCCUCGCCGGCAGCCUCUUCGCCCAAGCGGCCCUUGCCUAUACGCAGGUCAACCUGCCCUCCCCCUUCAUGACCAAGAACAUCGACCCCAUUGUGUUCCCGGGCUCGUUCAGCAAGUCCCAUCUUCACUCCUUCUUCGGCGCCGACGCCGUGACGGCCACGACCAACUCGAGCGCCGAGCUGCAGCAGUCGUGCACAAACGCCGACAACCCCAACGACCUGUCCGUCUACUGGGUCCCCACCCUCCUCUUCACCAAGGACGCCGGCAAGACGUACGAGCCCGUGCCCUUGUCGCGCUUCAGCGCCUACUACAACCUGGGCGAGACCCCCGCCGAGGUCCCCAUCCCGCAGGACCUGAAAAUGGUCGCGGGCAACGCCGAGGCCAAGACGGCGGCCGAGAUGCCGCGCGGCGCAAAGGUCGAGUGGAUGUGCGAGUCGGAGCCGAACCCUUCCCCCGCGGACCGCAACGGCUUCCCCUCAAAGACGUGCAGCACCCACCUGCAGACGCUGCUCUACUUCCCCCAGUGCGUCAACGAGGCCACGCUCGAGACGGCGUACAAGGACCGCGCCAACGGCACGCCCAACUGGUGCCCCGCCGGCAUGAAGAGCAUGCCGCAGCUGCGCUUCAGCAUCCGCUACGACCUGCGCCGCGUCCUCCCCAAGGGCUGGGACGGCGAGGCGCCGCUGCGCCAGUCGUGCGGCGCAAACGUCUUUUGCUCCCAUGGCGACUUCAUCAACGGCUGGACGCCCACGGCCGCCAAGAACAUGGUCGCCACGACGAGCGAGAAGCAAAAGUUCGCCGCCGUCGACGGCGACCGCGGCAAGGCCGGCCAGGAGUCGACGUGCACGCCCCGCGACGCCGACCCCAAGCGCGGCACUGGCGAUUACGCCGAGAGCGUCAAGGUCAUGACCAGGCGCUCCGUCGAGGCGGCGGGGUGGACUUCGCGGAGCAGGAUGCUCAAGAUUUAA